CUACUGAGGGCUAAAAUGCAGUGCGUCUGGGUGCAAAGUGGUAAAAACAGUGGUUUCGUUGCUCAAUGUAAUCCUCAGCAGCCCUUGAACGCCAGUCAGAUGACUCCAUAUUCUCUCAAGCUUCUCCCGCAGAGGUGGAGCCAUCGUGGAGCAAUUCCUGGAAGUGAGAGCCCCCAUUGGUUGAGCUGCGACGAUUGGGAAAGAAGUCAUGUGAUUGCUGUGAGCUACAGAACCAAAACAAAUCCUGACCGAGUGGAAACUAAUUCGAAAUACGAUCGAGCCGCAGCCUUGGAGGUUCCCCGAGAUUCCGCGCUGGGCCCGCCAGCCAUGCUGGGCUCGGCCGAGUGGGCGGCAGCGCGCGGUUGGGCGCCGGCCGCCCCGCGCACCGUCCAGGACCCGCUGCGGCUGCCCGAGCUUGAGGGCAACGUGGACCCGGACCAGUGGCUGUCCGUGGAGAGCCUGAGCUUCGAGGCGCAGGAGGCGGGGCUGUACGGACCCGAACCGAAGGAAGAGAAGGCCGACCUGGCCGAGGCCCUGUGGGAGCUGGAGGCCGACGACCCGUACUCGCGAGUGCCCGACAAGAACGAGCUGGGCGACCAGAGCCCAUCAUUCUGGGGCAUGGACUUCGAACUGAGCAAGCUGGACUCCAUGCUAAAGCCCGACAAGCUGCCGCCGCUCAAAGACCCCACGCUGGCCGAGCUGAACGCCGACGAGUCCGGCCUUGACGGCCUGGACGUCAACGACAUCCUGCGUGACUUCCAGCAACAGGCCAGCUGGAGCAGCUUCACGGCGCCCUCGCAACUAGCCGACCUGCUGGCGCGACCCGCCAAAGUCGAGGUGCUCGCGCCUGUCCUCUCGACGAGCCUGCCGGCGUCCACCUGCCUCGCUGCGCCCCCGCCAGCACCGCCACUGCAGGCUUCCGCCGAGCCAGUGCUGCAGCGCGCCGUGCUCACCGGGACUCUGGUCGAGCCUGUACGGGCGAGCCCGGCGGCCCAGUCUGCGCCAAGCGACGUGCCGAUGAGCGGCCCGCCGCGCUCGCGCAUCCUGGCCGAGCGGCUUUCGUGCUCGGCACCUGAGUCGCAGUUGAGUCAGCUGUCUAUGGACGAGGGCUUCAGCAGCCAGGACUCUGACGAGGCGCUCACAUCAGACGCCGAGUCGCACGCAAGCCAGGAGGCCGCCGAGCCGGGAUCGCCGGACGGUCAGAAGAAGAAGAAGCGCUACUUUUGGCAGUACAACGUCCAGGCUAAAGGGCCCAAGGGCCCGCGUCUGUCCAUGGCGCGCGACUCGGCCGACCCGCACGUUCUGCACGACGUGACUGAUCCUGUGUUCAGCCCCGAGUGCCAUCUCGAGGGCGUCAAGCACGCGGGCAAGGCGCGUCGUGGCGACGGCAAUGACCUGACGCCAAACCCCCGUAAGCUCUACAACAUCGGUAUGGAACUCAAGAAGCUGGGCCGUAUCAUCAAUGAGCUAACGCCCGUGAGCGAGCUGCCUUUCAACGCGCGUCACAAGUCGCGCAAGGAGAAGAACAAGCUGGCCUCGCGCGCCUGCCGCCUCAAGAAGAAAGCCCAGCACGAAGCCAACAAACUCAAGCUGUACGGCCUGCAGCAGGAGCACCGACGACUAAUUACCCUUUUUGAAGAAGCCAAGAAGCUUUUGCGUGACAAGGUGGAAAGCCACAAAGCAGACAGGCAUGAAGUUUCAUCUGCUCAUUUUGAGGCAUUGAUUAAAAGACAUGUUUCAGUCAAGGUGGCCGGACACACGACUGAGUUUGUCAACCGAGUGCUGAGCAGCAUUGCAGCAGGCAACCCGGAUGGAGGCCUCACCGAACUGUGAGCGCGCCUCCUCUCUCAUGGCUGUUGCCGAGCCAGCCUGAGCAGCCUCUCCCUCAACACUGGGAGCCCUUGAUCGUCGCAUUUUCGGUUGUUAACGGUGCUGUGAUAUAAAAGUGAGCUUGCUGAGCAACAGGGGAACCACGGGCUGUAUUCCCCCGUUGGGAGUCUGUGCUGGCGUCGGUUGCAGGCUUUUUCAUAAACACUAUACGGGUCAACCUGCUUUGAUGCUUGGUCAGGUACUUGUACCGUAUCCGCCUCACAAGAGGCCAAUCGUGUUUUGAUCAUGUGAGCACAAUCGGGGAACCUCUACUAGAGGCUCCCUUUUCUGCUCGGAGGUUUGCCUCCUCUCCUUUCUAUUAGUUUUUGAGAAGUGCACUGUUGCACUUAUGCCUGUUAUCCUUGAAUGCUGAGACACAAGACAGCACGCCAGAUAUUGUAGCAACAAGGCUGUCCCAUAUGUGUGUUUUGCUUUACUGUAUUGUAGUCAGCUAUAGUACUGCAGUUUUAAAUGCUGGUAGCAAGGCUUUUAGAAAAGACAUUUUGUUUGAGAAUUGUUAUAUUGUCGUUUUUCCAUGAGAUACGUGUUGCAAUGUUCUGCACGAGAGCAAAGAUAUGGGUACUGUUAGGUAAUAGCUACAUUAUACAUAUGUAAAUAUGCCUGUUGUAAAUAUGAGUAUUCUACUUGUUUACUGUUUUUUUAUCGAUGUAAGUGUUUCGUUGUAGGAAGCAUGAAUCAUAGUUUUAUGCACUGUUGCCCAAAUGUUCUCCUCUGUGGUUUUAUGAGUUCUUUGUUUCAAGUUCAAAGUUGCCUCAGGUCAUCAGAAGCACAAGGUAGUUGUGAGACCUGACUAUACAAAACCCUGAAUGGGAACAACUGAGCAUGCGAUACCACAGCACAAGAUGUACCACUAUUGGCACCGUGCUUCUGUUGUUGCGGAGUCAUGCUAUGGCAAAGGGUUAAGGUGUGAGCCUUCAUAAAAUUCAAGUCAGUGAAACACUAGUCAUUUGAGUGCCUUUCUUGUAAUCUGCUGCUGUACAGGAAGUUGCUAGGCAAAUUGUAGAAGGCUGUGCCUGAAUCGCGGAAGUUCCUUGUAACUUGCUACAUUUAAAGGUAAUGUGCAACUCCUCCCUCUCCCUCAACCUGUCGCUACACACAUUGCUCAAGGUUGUUUUCAGAAUUGGCUUUUUUUUCAAGCUUGCAGGCUGGAAUGGUACGCACAGGGGCCUCUUGGUGCCGUUCUGAAAAUUCAAGUACAUGUGUGUUGCUUAGCAGCCUGUCUUGAGCUUUGUACUUUCUCUUCAUCUGCACAUGUCUUCUCAAUUGCUGUGGCUACCAUGCACUGCACCCAAAGCAAACAGUUUUAUUCAAUGCCUUCCUUGGCAGUGAUGGAACUCCUUUCUGUCCCCUCUACUGUGUUGUCUAUCUUGAGUGUAUGGGCCACCAUAGCUUGUUUACCUAUGUUAUUACAUUGUUAGUAUGGCUUAUACGUGUGCUGCUUGUUUGCUUCACAUGUAUUCUGUUGUUCAUAGUCCUCUCUGACUUGCUGUGUCAAUGACAUUGUCAAAGUGGACAUCGUAGCUGGCUAAACUAGCAGGAUGCAAAAGCGGAGAUGUGCAAUGACGUUUUGUUUUUGGACUCUUAUUGCCACCUGCAUGCCAAUCCUGUGCUGGGUGAAUGCACCUCGGGUGGAGAUAUGUACAAAAUCAAUAUUUUUGUAAAGUGUGUGUGUGUUAUCUAGUUGUUUUACAGUACCUGCAGUGUGAAAGUAGCUGUUACCACCUUGUGGUAUUGAAUAUAUAUUUUUUCCCAGCAGAUCUGCCAUCUAAGCUGAUCUGAAAGCAUUACUUGGCAGCUUUCUCAUUCCAUUGUUGGAGCUGUGGGCUAUACUCUGUUCAGCCCCUGGUUUCAAGUGUUUUCUUUUUGUCACCCUCUGUGUUAUUUAGCAGCCUUGCUUGAGCGCCUUGAAGCUGCAGUGCUCAAAGACAAAAAAAAGCUUUGUCUAUGCCCUCCAUCUAGUUAAAGCAGUGGCAUUAAGUUAGGUUCAGGGCAUUCACUUUCUUAAUUGUGGCAGUUGUGCGUGUGUGCCAAACAAUGGAAGCCAGUCAGUGGAGUGAGUGCACGCAGACACACACACACACAUACUAAGCACCAUGCAGUAUAUAUCCCGGUGGCCGUCUACAAGUCAUGAUGCUUUUUUUUUGACAGCUGUGGCAACACUUCCUUCCUGCUAUUGUGGGAUUUGUGCUUCAAUCCAGCUAUGGUUUUGAAACAGUGUGGAAUGUUGCCCACCUAUGUAGUCAUGCUCUAUCGGUGCCAACGUUAGUCGCUUUGUAUCUGCAAAUAUUUGUAUACCAGGGGCACAAACAAUCUCCCAAAUGGGUGUAGGGCAUUCAAAUGGUGUGUUACACGAGUCAUUUUAGCUGCAUUUUUUGCCACAUUGCACACAGCACCAGGUUUCGAUUCAUGUAAGUUCCUGCUUCAUGAAAAUCUACUAAUUUAACCAAGUGAAAAGGAAAUGCUUCAGUAAAUCUCAGCACUUAUGCAUGUUUACAGUGUAGAGCAGAGUAGUGGAGCCUUGAGCUCUUAUUUUUCCAUGACUGGAUGCUUCACAGCUAUCACUGGUCAUGCAGUAAGACAUGCACAUGCAGAAUGAAGACUCCUUACUUACAAAAAUGCAAAGCAAGAUGUUGCACAUUCCUUACAGAAGGGGAUGCUAACAAUCCCUGGAAAUUCUAAUAGCCUUUCUGAGACGGAUUUCAUCUCCUUCACUGGUCACCUAGAUGCUAACCAGCUUGCUAGACUUGCACAUAGAAAAGCCUGCUGCAAGAUGUGUGGUGUCAGUGUGCUAGUGCAGUGUGGCAAAAGAAGCAGCAGCUAAGCUGACAUCACUGCAGCAGAUGUGACAGCAGAGGCAGCCCAUAGCCACUGCCUUGUAUGCCACAUGUUCUGGCUGACUGUGAAAGGAAUAGACAUGUGACUGUGCCUUGGUACUCUCAAUAUCUUCGCAAAGCAAUUUAAGGGCCCACCAUCAGCUGUGUCUACGUGUUAUUAAGCAUGUUUACAGAACUUCACACACUCUCUGAACUUAUUUUAGUAUGGAAAUCAGCAAGGGUUUCACUGGGGUUUUCUGUGCAACAGCAGAAAAUGAGAGAGAUUUCACUGGGGUGGAUUAGUCUACAGAAUAUGCCAGCAGAGCUGGGAGCUUUUAUCUCUUCCUGUUAGAAUAAGUCUAUGUACCGGCACAUUAUUUUCACCCUUGUUAUCCAGUUUCUGGACGCCAUUUGAUGGGGCAGGCAUGUGCUCCGCUUUACACAAGUUCCUGGCUUCAAGAAUUGGAACCUUCUGGUACCAUGAAUGUGAUGAGAUUGUACAGAGAAGUGCUUAUACUGGAUGUAAAAGUGCUUGUUUAUUCUUCUUAUUAAUAAAGGAACAUGUUGCAACCUGUU